CCCUCGCUCUCGGUUCCACCUGCCCGUGGAGUGCGCGGAGCCUCCAGCGGAGGCAAUGACUAGCCCCGUGCCCUUAGUGGCCUCCAUCAGGCACCAAAUGGUGGCCCUGCAGACCCUGCAGCUGGUGCAGCAGGAAUGCGGGUGGGGGGACGGUCAGGGCGCUCCCGGGGGCCUGCGCGACCCGGAUCACUUGCCCACUGUCCCAAAGCGACGCUCAGGCCCUUGGCGGGCCCAGCCAGGGCACUGGCGCCAGGAGAGGGGCGUGGGCCGGGGAGCCAGGAACUGUGGAGCCGAGGUGGCAGCAAGCUGCCGGGAGGGAGAGGGGGUGCGAGGCGCGGAGGGAGGUGCGGAUCUGCUGCCCUUCCCCCGGGGCCGUGGACCCUGCACCCUGGCCCGGAUGGCGAUGCGCAGCGCGCUGGCCCGCGUGGUGGACUCGACCUCGGAGCUGGUCAGUGUGGAACAGACGCUGCUGGGUCCCCUCCAGCAGGAGCGGUCCUUCCCCAUCCACCUAAAGGAUAGUGUUGAAUUUAGAAACAUCUGCAGUCAUUUGGCUCUACAAAUCGAAGGACAGCAGUUUGACAGAGAUUUGAAUGCUGCCCACCAGUGUUUGAAGACAAUAGUCAAGAAGCUGAUUCAUUCACUUGCUAAUCUUCCUUCGGAUGCCCAUGUGGUAGCCUGUGCUUCCUUGAGACAGAUCUUACAGAAUCUCCCAGACAUAUGAGUUUAAGUACACUGGAAUUAAAACCAUAGCUAGCACUGCUAAGAGAACUGGUGCUUUACCUUCCUAACUGAAUCUGGUUUGUAUUCCUAGUAAGGAGACUUGCUAGCAUAUAGAGCUAUCUGACCAAUGCCAUCUAUACCCUUCAGAAUAUAGCAUGUUGGUGAACUUUUUUUAAAGCAGUAGGUCAUAUUUCUAAGAUUGUUGAUAUAUUGCUGACUUUUUGAUUGAAACAUAUUCCAUGUUUUGGAAAUAUAUAUAUAUAUUUCAUAUUAUUAGUUUGAUCAAAUAUCACCUUAAUCUAUAUUCAUAUUAAUGUGGGUCUAUGAGAUUUCAUAUGGUUAUUUAUAUGUUAAAGCUUCAUGGUCUUAAAUUGGCUAAACAGAAUAUUUGAUAAUUGAUACAUUCUAUUUACUGGGCAAUUCACAUUAUGUUAUGAGAAUAAUCUUUAGCUGUUGUAGGAUCACGUGUCAGUAAUUAUGAGUUUCAGUUCUGGUAUUAAUAACUUACCGUUAGUAAGGAGAAGAGCUGCUUCUAAACCUUGUGCUUUUAUGUAUUGAUUUGUAAAUUUAAAAUGAUAAUGAGCUAUGAAGUACCAAUGAUAUAUGAUAUACAAACACAAAGUACAUUAUUAUUAAAGCCUCAUGUGAACACAUCUAGCUCCUCUUACUAUUUCUGAAUAUUCCAAUUGAAGUAGGAAAUUCUUGUGAAAAAAAGGGGGGAGUGGAUAUAUUGGCAGGUUUCCCUAAAUAUUUAGAGCUAAGGAAGGAGAGGGUGACAUUUUUGCAACAACAAUCUACACAUGCUUAGGAAAAACGAAAUUUCCUGAUGUUUAAUGGUGACUGUUGAGAACCAAAGUAAAUUGAAAUGCUGCUUUUCCCUUAAAAUUUUAAUAGAGUGGCAUUAUAUUUAGGGAAAAAAUAUAAUGUAUUUGUAAAGUUUGUUUUCUAAAGGAAUCAUAAACUGGGCCAGUCUAUGUGGUGAGAGUAUAUUUACUAUUGAGAAGUAAAGUGUCAGUAGUAAUCAAAGACUUUUUAAUUCCACAUACUCUCGUCUUAGUAAGUUCCAAAUAUUUUCUUGCAGAAUCUUAGGAAAAUACUGCUUCUCUUUGAAAAGUAACCAUUUGCACAGAAGAGAAUUAGAUAGAUGAAAUUGAAUUAUAAAUGUAAGAUAAAAGGUGAGUGCCUGGAAAAAAUGGCAUUUAUUUCUUGGGAAUAAAUUCCUUUGGCUUUUAGUUCUCCUAUUCUUUGGAAACAUUGUAUUUUGGGAGUAUCACUGUAUUUUGUGGUGCUAUCUUUCCCCAGAGAAAUUAUCCCAGGGCUCUCCUCUAAAAGUUUAUCAUUAUUUAGAGACUGCCUGCUCCAUUGUAAUCAAUAACUCUCAAUAAAUAUUGAUGUUUUCAAUGAUGUUUUUACUUUUACCCCAAGAAAUAUUGAAUAUUUUUGCCUUUACGUCUGUGCUGUGCUUUUUCCUCACUUUGUAAUGUGUUUUCCAUUGAAAAAUUAUCACCCUAUUGAACCUUCAAGACUUGAUUUAUCUCUUACCCCCUUCUAUGGAUCUUACUGGAACAUUUUAUAGGGCAUGGGCUUUUCUCCUUUGAACUCAUAUAAAACACUUUUGUGCUGGCAUUCAUCACAUGCUAUCCCGUAGCGUGGCUAUAGGUACACCUUCUGUCAAGUCAGCCUUCAGAGGGCAGGGAUUAUUCUAGACAUUUUUGUACAUUGCAUAGCAGGUACAGUUCUCUUUGAUCCUGCUAGAACUUCCACAGCCCACAUCCAUUCUUACUUUGGUGGUUUAAGUUCCGUGGUCAAUAGAGUGAGAUGCUGUCUCUCUGUGGUUUUGAUUUGCAUUUCCCUGAUGAUAAGUGAAGAUGAAUACUUUUUCAUGUGCCUGUUGGCCAGCUGUAUAUCUUCUCUGCAGAAAUGCUGAUUUAGCUCUACUGUCCAUUUUUUGAUUGUGUUCUUUGUUUCCUUUUUGUUGGGAUUGUAUGAACUCUUUGCAGAUUUUGCAUAGUAACCCUUUGUCAGAUGUAUGAUGUGCAAAUAUUUUCUCCCGUUCAGUAAGGUGUCUCUUUGUUUUGAUUACAGCCUUUUUUCACUGUACAGAAACUUUAAAAGGCACAUCUUCUACUUUGUUAUUAUGGAAUACUUUCUCCUACAACCAUGUCAUCAUCAUUGUCAUUAUCAUCAUCAUCAUUAUCAAAAACAACAAUCUUACUGAAAUUCCUACAUUUAUGUAUCUCCAGCAAUGUUCAGGGAAAUUCAGUCAUCUUGGAAUCAGGUCAUGGUUGUUGGUUUUGUUUUUUUGUUUGUUUGUUUUACUUAAGGCCAUGUAGUGUCCUUAUGUGAGGACAGUUCCUAGAUUUCCUUUCAUAAUGCUGAGAAGUUGAGCCAUCUGAUAAUUUCUUUGCUGGAUUCCCUUGGAUGCUUUAUUCUUCCAUUUCUCUGGACUCAUGUUUGGAUGCUUUGUCAAUAAUUGAUUUAUGGAUGGUAGAAAUAUAUUUGAUUAGGGAAUAAAAAUAGGGGUCAUGCCGGGUACUUUAUAGUAGAACUGGACAAGCAAGUGACAACAUAGCACCUAUGCCCUUUCUCUCAUUCUUAGAUGCCUUUCUCACUGCUUUCUCUAAUUUUCUGGAAGCUCCACAAACUCCUACAUCAGUCUAAAUUCUACACCCUUUUUAUUGCCUGUUUUAUACAGAUAUAGAAAAUAUCUUUAGUUUCCUUUGGCUGGGCUCCAUUUUCUUUUGCCUCUUUAAGAAUCAGUCCCAUCCCCCCAUUUAAACGCUCUCUUACUUUUCUAACUGACACAGUUUCUCCCCAAAGUGGGUGUUUUCUUAGUUUACGUGAAAGUCUUGGAGGGUAGGUACCUUUUAGAAACUUAUUUCAUGUAGAACACAGAACUGCACGAUCUGUGUCUUUUACAUCUAAAAAUUUCCUCCGACAGUUGGCUUCUUUCCCAUUGUUCUUUACGGUCUGGUGCCAGAUACUUAUGUAGUAAAUCUAUCUGAGCAGAAUAUAAAUUCUUCAAAUCUAUGAGUUUCAAGACACAUUUAGUUCAGCAGAACCUGAAAUAAUAUGUGUUUUUGUAUAAUCUGGGUAUCCUCACCAGGGAUCUCAGUGUUCCUUUCUAUAGCCAAAAAAUUACCACAGUCCUGGUUUCAUUUAACUAUACAUCAGAACCAAAGUUCUGGCUUGUUGCACCUCUGGCAUAUAAUACCAGAAUUUACCUUUGUCUUAUGUGACUUGUUUACUGCUAUGCUCAAUAGAAGUGAUAUUUAAAGCUGAGCCACAGUUUAAAUUUUUUUUUUUUUUUUUUGUAGACAAGCUCAUAUCUGCUCCAUGCUUACCGUCAUAAGUCAAGAGACACUUUCAAGGUUAACAGGAAUCUUUCUAGGACAGAAAUAAUAUUAAUUUGUUCCUCUUGCCUAAAAAAGACUUUGAUAGUCAUCAUGGCUUCAUUUUCCUUAAAAGAGUAUUAUGAGGGCCUCCCCUGGUGGCACAGCAGUUGAUCGCUGGGCUGCAAGGCUGCCCAGCAAGGCUGCCCACAGCCUCUGCAGCACCGGUUCAUUCCCCCGCCGAUGGUGAGGGUCCCACCAAAAAAAAAAGAGCAUUAUGAAAUAACUGUGGAGCAUAUAGGGUAUCUGGUCGAAAAAUAAAUUUACAGCAAACCUAGACAGAAGUCCAGAAAACAGUGUUGGCUUAAGUUGAUACAAAGAGAAGAGAGGAAUGUCUCCACACCUCCUAUCUCCUCCCUGCAUGUGUCACUCUAGUGCUGAGUGUGUGGGUGUAUGUAUCUGGGCUGGAGAAAGGGAGGAAAAACCCCUGAACCAGGUGUUAUAAUCCGAAACAUGAAGAAAGCAAUGGAAUAAUUUGAUAAGUUCAUGUCUGGGAGGUUAUCCAUAGACUCACCCUGAAGAGUGUAUCAAAUGAGUUUGGUUGGGUGGUUAAUUUGCUCAAAUGAAAAAUACGGUGACUUAUAGUAUGACACUUUUCAUGCCAUUUUAUAAUUUGGGAAGUGAUGAUGUUACAGUUACU